UAUACGAAACCCAAAACUGCAGAUGUUGCUCGCCAGCACCUUCAAUGCCACGCACAGCUCUUCCAUCAUGGGCUCGAUGGAGGGCGACGACGACGACCGCGUGGAGCAUUUUGCGAUCAGCAUCAGCGUCCUAGCGGUCGUUGUCCUGUGGGUCCUGGCGCACAGGAGCUUCCUCAGGUCCACCGAGCAAGACUCCAGCCAGGAAGCCACACCUGCCGAGCGAGUGCAGUUGAUGUGGCUCGGCGCCCUCGCCACUGGGUCCUUCUUGCAGCUGGCUGUGCAACUUGGUCUGGCCAUGAUGUCUGGAUCCCUGACACUUAUCGCUGAUAUGGGCCACGCCUGCGCCGACGUGGUGAGCUACAUAGCCACCUACUUGGUCGAGUGCACCAAGGUAGACUUGAUGCGCAAGACUCAUAGCGACACUCAGCGUACCGUCGCCAGGAUUGACGCGGCGUCGGGGCUGCUCAGUUGCAUGCUGGUCGCAGGCACUAGCGCGCACGCUGCUAUCGAUGCUAUCCGCAGGCUGCGGGGCGGCAGCGAACCAGAUGGCACUUCCAUCGGGUUCGCGAUGCUCAUGUUCGCCUGCUUCAGCACCGUAGUGAACGCGGCGCUGCUCGCAGCCCGGUACGUUGGUCCCUUGGCUCCGCCCGCCGAGCCGUCCGAGCUGCAGCCGCUGCUCGCUCCGAGGGUGCCGCCGGUGCCGUCGCCGGCCGUGCCGAGCGGCGGCCGCGAGCGGCCAGGGAGGGGCAGGAACCGCGGGCUGCAGAUUCUGCACGCCGCGCUCCACCCCAGCUGCCGAGACCCCGGCUGCAGCGACGCCGACUGCGAUCGGGGGAACGGCGCGCCCUCGUCCUGGUCGGCCAACCUGAACAUGCACGGGGCCCUGCUGCACCUGGCGACCGACGUGAUCCGCAGCAUCGUGGUCCUGGCCGCGGGCCUGCUGCUGCAGGCCGGGGUCCUGAGAGACGCUGGGCGCGCGGACGCCGUGUGCGCGCUGGUGGUGGGGUUCUGCGUCCUCGCCGGGAGCGCCGCCUUCCUGGGCUCCUCGCUCACGAGCCUGCGCUCCGCUCUCUCCAGCGCCAGCGGGGCGAAAGGGGCGCAGACCGAGGCCUGGCGCGGCCUCGUGGAGGUCUGAGCUGGGCCCUGCGCGCGGCGGUGGCUGGCGAGGCCGCGGUGCAGCGGCGGGCCCAGCCGCGCUGCGUUUGGAGCGACGGGCCCCGUCGCAGCCGGCUUCCAUGCUGGCCUUACCUCGUUUCCCCUGCGCGAGCCCCUGGCGUCUCUGCUUUUUUUUGGCGACCGCCUGGAGCCUGAGCGGCUCAGUCUGUUCCUUCCCUGGUGCCUUGCCCGACGAAGUUGUCCCGGCCGACUGCUCCCCCUG